AUGGGCGUUGCGGCUGACAUCGCAGCCGGUGGAGACGUCGGGGGCUCGGGGUCCGGCAGCGCUGCCGCAGAGGGUGCCUCUAAUGCCGACCUGAACAAAGGAGCUCGCAACAUAGUUGGGGAUCUGCCAACUCGUCACAGGACUGCUGCCAUAGGAGACGAUUUGGAAAGUAUACCAGAACAGUCAUUCGAAGACCCAUGGAGUCUCUGUGCGGAGCAAGUCUGGAAAGUUGAGAAUGCUCUAGUGGAGAAGUGGAAGGAAGACAUUGGAAGCUUACUCGUCUUCGACGGUCUCUUCAUGACUAUCCUCACUGGCUUCAUUGUCGCAUUCUAUCCGUCGCUGCAUCCUGAUCCAAGUACGGAAGUGCUCCUGGUUAUCGCCGCUCAACUGAGCACGAUGACGGGUCAAUCCAAGCUGACUCAGCAGCAGCAGGCUUCCCUGAACGACGCGGCGGCUACCUCCAGGCCGACACCGUGGAUCUUAUCUACGAGCACUCUGUGGUUUUCCGCAAUGAUCUGCGGCAUGUGCGUGGCUUCAAUUGCCAUUGCCGUCGGCCAAUGGCUACACCAACAUCUCGAUCGUCCGUCCAUCAUGUCGCGGCGGAGUGUCCUUAUAUGGGAGUCCCGUCGACGUGGGCUGCAGAAAUGGGAGGUGCAAUUCAUCAUCGACAUGCUGCCGCUGCUUUUACAGAUCUCCAUGGCUUUGUUCCUGGUCGGCUUGCUGCAGCUCCUCUGGUCCUUGAGUUACAUCGUCGCCAUAGUCGCGACCGUAUUGGUCGUGGUGCUUCUGGCACCUUCUGUCUGCUCUGUGUUCGUCCCAGCAUUCGUGCCGGAGUGCCCUUACAAGUCGCGGACGGCGUGGUGGUUCUUUCGUCUCGUGUGCUGGCUCACUACUUCCCUCAAGUGGUUCCGCUCCAUCCAACUCCGGAAGAUGUGGAUCAGAAUCCGCACAGCAUGGGCGUGGACUGCUGCAAAAUUCCGUUCGCUUUCCUCACGAAGGUAUCGGGGGUCCUCGAUGUCAGCUACUGGACUGAGACAUCUUUGCUCGAGAAUCGCAGAUGAAAUCCAAAAUCUGCGUCGUGCGUGCAUGACACGUCUCUCCGCAUGGUGUGAAUGGUACUCGAAAGCUGCAAAGGCUGCCAACUGGAGGGAACUGGAAGAUUACUCUACCCGCCUGCCAACGAGGCGGUAUGACAAUGGGUUGCGCUCCAAUCUUAUCGUGCUCGCAGAAGCCGACCAAAUUGUCAUGGACGACUCGUUCCUGGCAUCCGUCAUCCACCCAUGCUUCCAGCAGAGCGACGUCGACGAUUCAGUCCAUGUAUUGUGUCGCAUUCUGGAGCGCCGGGCCCACGCAUCGGUCGUGGGUCCUGACGCGAAAUGGCCAACACUCAAGUGGUUCUCGAGCGAGCAGGACUCCGCUGCGACUGUUGCGAUGGGCAAUCUAUGCGUUGACGUCCUCGCGAAGUACGAUUUUCUUCCUUUGUACAGCGACGAUGUGGCGCGCGUUGUAGAUCAUCUCCUGUACCUGAUGCGCGCAAUGCCUCCGACAAAUUCUGCGAGAGCAGUCUGUCAGUUCGCAGCAUAUAUCAUGAAUAGGGACAAAUCACCGUGGUUCAAGUGGAUGGACGAGGAAACGCGUUCGGCACGCAUAUGUGACCUUGCUCUCGGUGCCAGCGCAUGUUUUGUGGAGCAUGUCCUGCCAGAUUGGCUUGAGGUAGUCGAUAUUGAGACGGCGCUGGGUGUUCUGAAGGCCCUCCCGCAUUGUUGCAGCUACAAGGAGGAUAGUACUCGGAUAGUACUCGGUAAUAUAUACGUAGACAUCUUUCGCCGGCUCCCCGUUCAUCACGCUGAUCAGAACCAAGUCUGGUGGGCCAUACGUAGAUGCGCCGAGUCGAUGGGGCCGGAAUCAACAACCGGGCACGGCUGGCUCAUCGACGUGCUGAUGCAUCCCGGUAUCUCGGUGAAUGUCCGUGUGGAAUGCAUCAGGACUAUGUGGUCUUAUUGGCAUGUGUGUUCUGCUGAAGCCCUCGGUAUAUCCCUAUCGUGCUCAUAUUACACAGACGUAAAGCGAUUUCUUGAAUACGUGCCAGUUGCCAGGCGAGAGCUUGGCACGGUGUACUUCCUACAAGUACUAGCUUCUGCACUCGAGCUCCUCGCUCAUGUCCCUCAGUCUGACCUGCCCCAGUCCAAGAGCUCGAUAGAAGAAAUGGCUGGGACGAGUUCGUGUUUGUUCUUAGAGCGUGCAACAAUCUCGCAACGUUGGACGCCAGCCUAUUCACUCAAGAUGUCAUUGACUCGUUGGAUCGAUGCUAUGGACACUAUUCGCCAGGCAGAGAAGGGCACGCACGUCAUACAAGGUGGCUGGAGAACAUCCGUGCAUGUUCUUCACAUCUGA